AGCAGUACAGAGCAGCAGUGUUUUUAAAAGACCUUGCACUGGGGAAAGGAGUUGCAGUUGGCGGAAGAGAUCCACAGGAGCCAGACCCAGAUCACGUUACAAUUUAUACAAGCUGUAAGAAGACAAAUUGUAAUAGCACUUUAAGUGGGCACUUUGGGAAAGCACUUGGGAGGCCAAAGUUCCUUUCUGGAUCUCUUAACGAUUAUUGAAUUGAGUUGGGUGGCUGAAGGUCUUGUGUAAACUUUAUUUCUUCCACAUUCUGGCACUGUUCUAAGAGCUACUGCUGAUCAUCUCGUAACCCAUCAUCUCAGCUUUUACAAAUGGAAUUAUUAUUAAAGUUAGAUCUCAGUUUUUCUCUAUGUUGACUCCUAAGUCAGGCUUACUCCAAGCACUGAGGUGCCUGAGUAGAGGGUACAGAAAAUUGUAGAGGACAAAGUUUUCUAGUUAACCAAUGCUUGAUACUACAAGGACUAGGGAUGGGAAGGAUCCCUUCCCCGUCUUAAGACACAUAAAUUAAACCCUCCUGCGUUUGGUAAACCCUUUACAUCUGCUAUCCCCCCUAGAAAAUAAGCUGUGCCCUGCUAGAUCAGACUAGUGGGCCAUCUAAUCCAACAUGCUGCUUUACACAGUGACCAGCCUGUUGCCCUGAGGGCCAACAAACGGCCCAGGAGCUGAGGCCUUCCCUGCUGAGGCCUCCUAGUCAGGUUUACUGCCUCUGACUAGGGAGGCUCCUUUUCCUCAGCGUGGCUAGUAGCCACCAAUAGACCUCUCUUUCCUCCAUGACCCCCCUUUAAACUUUUCGUAACGACCACGCGGUGAAUUCCGCACUUCAGUUUCUGGUUGAAGAAGUAUUUCCGUCCUUUUGUUUGUCCUGAAAAAGUGUCGGGGGGGGGAGGCGAGGCCCACCUCGCUUUGUGGUUGUGGGCCACAAAUUGUGCUGUGGGCGUGCAGGCGCGCCUUUUCAAACCCCUAUCCUCGAUUUACACGGCCCCGCGAGGAGCUCGAGACCGCCCCCCAUUCGCCCAGCCAGGCGGUGGAGAAGAGGCUUCGCCGGCCAGCCUCGGCAGCCGGCAAGGCCCGUCCCCGCCAGCCUGCCGCCGCCAUGGCGCUUGGCGGGCCAGGAGGCCGGGCCUUGCUCGCCUGCUGCUGCUGCUGCUGCUUCGCGCUGCUCGCCUCUUCCCUGACGGAGCGAGGCGAGCGGCCGCUGGUUCCUGAGGCGAAGGGGCAGUGCGAGGCGGGCGGCCCGUUCGGCGGGCGCUGCGGCGGCCCUGAAGAGGCCGCGGCGGUGGACGGCGCAGCGCCGGGCCUUUGGGUGGCGGCGGCGGCGGCCUCCUCCUCGGCGCCUUCGUUCCGCGGGCCCGGCAACGACGACUCGCGCAGCAACCGGGAGCUGCCCAUCCUGCUGUGGUGGAGCGGCAGCCUCUUCCCUCACUUCCCCGGCCCGACGGAGCGCAUCGAGUGCCCGCGCGGCUCCUGCCUGGCCACCACGGACCGGCGCGUGCGGCUGCACCGGAGGACGCGGGCCCUGCUCUUCUACGGCACCGACUUCCGAGCCUACGAGGCUCCCUUGCCGCGCCUGGCCCACCAGACCUGGGCCUUGUUCCACGAAGAGUCGCCCAUGAACAACUACCUCCUCUCCCACCGGCCCGGCAUCGGCCUCUUCAACCACACGGCCACCUUCCGCAGGGAGUCCGACUACCCCCUCAGCCUCCAGUGGCUGCCGGACUUGGCUUACCUGCGCAGGAGGCCGGCGCUGAGCCUCGCCCAGAAGGAGGGCGAGCGCAGGCGGGGCCUGGCCCCCGUCCUCUACAUGCAGUCCCAUUGCGACGUCCCCUCGGACCGGGACAGAUACGUGUGGGAACUGAUGAAGUACAUCCAGGUGGACUCUUACGGUGGGUGCCUGAACAACCGAGAGUUUCCUAAUAUGAGGCUGAGUGACACAUCUACAGCAACCACUGAAGAUUCUGAAUUCAUGACUCUCAUCUCCAAAUACAAGUUUCACCUGGCCAUGGAAAAUGCCAUAUGCCCCGACUAUAUGACAGAGAAACUUUGGCGGCCAAUGCAUGUUGGAGCUGUCCCUGUAUAUCGAGGCUCUCCAUCAGUACAAGACUGGAUGCCCAAUGAUCAUUCCAUAAUUCUCAUUGACGACUUUGAGAGUCCCAAAGAAUUAGCAGAAUAUCUCGACUUCCUGGACAGGAACCCAGACGAGUACAUGAAAUACCUAGAAUAUAAGGGUCGAGGUGGCAUUACAAACCAGUUCUUACUGGAGAACAUGGAGAAACGUGAAUGGGGAGUUAAUGACAUGACUAUGCCUAAUUACCUGAAUGGAUUUGAAUGUUUUGUCUGUGACAGGGAAAAUGCCAGACUUACAGCAGAGAGGGAACAUAAGAGGACUCGUGGGAAAGUACCAGCUCCUGAACCCCAUAUUGCCCAGUUCACGCACAUGGGAUGUCCUCCACCAGCGCCUGGAUACGGAAACAUUGAAGACAUUCCUGCUGGAGACAGGUGGAAAGAGAUGUGGCUGCAGGAUUACUGGCAGAGCCUUGAUCAAGGUGAAGCCCUCUCAGCGAUGAUCCAUCACAACGAGUCGCAUCAGGGGAGAUUUUGGGAUUAUAUGCACAAAAUCUUCAUGAAGAGAACCCAGAAAAAUUGACUGUACCUACACACAGUUUUUUUAGUGUUACAUAUGGGGCAAGGAGAACCAAAAUAACUCAAAUGAACUUUGUGUGUGUAUAGAAUUCUGCCUGUGGGGGAUACUUUUUUCAAGGCCCCCAUGAGAAUUCAUUUGGGCAUGGCAUCACUCAGUGAUGCUUUUCAAGGAACAGGCCUCUUUCCUCAUGACCAAAGAAAAGUAUUGUGGCUACUAAUUCUGGAUUAGCCCAGACAGUAUUAAAGUUUGUGCCAGGAAGUGAAUGACAAGAAUUUGCACUGACAUGCCCUUCAAUGGAUUAGGGUUUUUUAAAAGAUUUUUUUCUAUACCACAAUAUGCAUUUCUGUCUGCAAAAUUCAUUAUGUGACCUUUUUUUUGUAAAUAUCAUACAAGUUCAAUUUUAUGCACUUUGUAUGUUAAGAGCUGUUCUAACUAUUUUUAUCAUAACUAUUUGUACUUUUCUAGCAAGGGGACUCAGUAAUCUUUGUAUAGACAGCUGUUCAGUAAGAAGCAUCAUGCAUUUCCACUGGCCCCAAGCAUGUUCUGACAAUCUGGAUUUAUUUUCUGUCCCUAGAUGGUUCAGAAUACCAAGGCAGGGCCAGUAUGAGUUACAUAAUGUAGAGUCAAGCCGUUGGGGCACAGUGUAUUGCUCUGCAGAGCUACCUGCUCAUCUGAGGCUUGAGAAGGUAGCUCUGGAAGGCAGCAUGGUCUAGUGAUUAGUGUCAGACUAGGCUCUGGGAGACCCAGGUUCUAAUCCCCUCUCUGCCAUGGAAGCUUGCUGGGUGAUGUUUGGUCAGUCACUCUCAGCCUAACCUACCUUACAGGGUUGUUAUGAGGAUAAAAUAGUGGAGAGAAUUAUGUACUUCCACUUUGGGUCCCCAUUGGGUAGAAAUGGGGGAGUAUAAAUUAAGUAAAUAAAUAAAUACUCUGCCCUAAUGACAUCAGAACGUGCCCUAGAAACGGUUGCCCCAUUUUAAAGCUGAGAUCCUGUAAAUCCAUAUUUUGCAACGGCAGCUUAUGUGCAAAACUUUGCCCAUUUCAAGGUAAGCAAUGGAGUUUGUUUUUAUUGACCUUAAAUAUCAGAAUAUCAGUUUGAUUGUUAAAAUGGGUGAGAUUGGGGUGAGAGGCCAAAGAUGGUCUAGUGAAAAAAGGUUUCGAGGUACAUUCAGGUGAUAAAGUGAGAAAAGGUUGAAACAAAUUCUUUGUUGUUCUCAAUACUUUGCCGUGGUCUUACAUUUUAACUUUGCAAAUGGUUUUAAGCAUCUGAUGUAGAAGCUGGUCACAGAAGGAAAAGAAAUACCAUGCAGGGUUUAAAUCGUCAUUUAAUAGGUAGUGGAGAUCUCAUAAACUGUUUUGCUGGAUUAUUAUUGGUACAUGAGGGGUGGGAGAACAAGUGCAGAGUUACAGUGGGCUUAGGUAUAAUCUGUUUAGUUCCAGAGAAAGUCACUGGUACUUUGUGCUAUAGUAUCAGUGUCGUUGGCCUAAUAAUAAAAAAUCUUUCAAGUUGCACAGAGUUCUUGCUCAGGCAGAAAGCUUGACCAAUCUGACCUUAGAAUUGCAGGGGACCAAAAAAAAGCCAUCUAGUUUAACCUCUUUCUGCAAGGCAGGAUCAUCUGCUACGCGCCCUCCACUGAAGACCCUACUCCAGGAUGUACCACUGGCAGAAAGCAUGUGCCUGCAGAAGAGGCAGCACAUAAGGCAGGGCACAGGAAAAAGCAAAAACCCCUUGGCUCACUAGCCAGAAAGAUUUUGGGGAUCUUUCUGAAUGGUGAAGCAGUGGCUACCAGCCACACCCCCUUCCCCUCAAGUUUACUUAUGUCCAGGACUUUUUUUUCUGGGAAAAGAGGUGGUGGAACUCAGUGGGUUGCCC